AAGUUACUGGAUUAAAAAAAUAAAAAUCUCUAUUGAAAACUUAGGCCUAAGACAAAGGAAGAGAACCUCCUUGUAUGCGAGAAGAUUUAUUUCAAAUUGUUUGGAUCUUGCAUUAUGAGGAUGCAAGUAAAUAUUUCAGCUUGAAAGACAAUCUGUGAUAAAAUGAGCACCACCAUACCAGUGCUAGAUAAUAUUCCUUUGCCUUCAGCAGGGCUGCAAGCAUCAAUGGAGGAUAAAUCCAGUACUCACAGUCACUCAAGUUCUUCAAAAAGGAAAUCAAGCAAGCAUAAUGAUGCCAAUAAUGAUAAAGAUGAACAUUCCAAGAAGAAACAUAAAAAAUCAAAAAAGAAAGAUAAGCAUAAAGACAAAGAUAGAGAAAAAAGCAAAGAUAGGAAAAAGGACAAGAAGAGCUCUGUUGAGUCAGAACUUACAGCAAUAGAAAAGUUUAAUAUGUUUAAAAAACAAAGAGAGGCUGCAAAAGGUGAUGAUAAAAUUGUUGAUGAUCUUUUCAAAGAUUUUAUUGCAUCAAAAUUGAAACAAAUUGAAAGUGACAAUACUAAAAGUAGUGAAAAGAAAAGUAAGUCUAAGAAAGAGACAGAUGUAAAAGUCAGUUCUAUGGAUGAAAUGAAUAAAUUUCUUGAUGACGAAAUUAGCAACAUUUCCCUGCCAUGUGUGUCUAAAGACAUUGAAGUCAAGCAAACAGUUCCACCAGACAAAGAAAAAACAAUUACUGAACCUUCAAAACUAGAUUCCGCAAAAUCCAAUAAAACUGUAUUGCCUACUAGUAAAGUUAGUGUGUUUAAUAACCCAACGACCCUGGGAAGUCUUUUAAAACUUGAUAAAAAGAAAGAGACAGUAACUAAUGUCACAAAAAGACCUGUAACUGAAAAUAUUAUAUCAGUUCAAAAGGACAACAAUUUGUUAACAUCUAGUCAGCUGAUCUCAGAAAGUGCUAUUCCAUUACCUCCAGGGCCAGGUCCAACAAAAGAAAGUUCUAAAUCUACUUUAGAUGAUAAACAAAAAGAUAUUCAAAAUGUGAAGGUAGACAAUACUCUGCCAGUGUUUGGGCCAGUGUUGCCAAGAUCUAUGGCAAUCAAUGAUAAACAAAACAAUGUAGAGGAACCGAAAGUUGAGAUUAAGAAACAAAUUGGAUUUAAAAACUUUGGUAUAAAACUUAGUGCUACCAGUGCUGAACUUAUUCAAUCAGGAGAAAUUCACAAGAAAGGGAAGAGAUUAGAAGAAGGUGAGGUUUUAUCCUCCUCCUCCGGUGGAAGUGACAGUUCUGACUCGGAUGGCAAUGCUGAUAGUGAUGAUGACAACGAUAAUGACGAGAUCUCUGGUACUGGCUCAAUCAGUGACUCAGAAGGUGAUUCAAAAUCAGGAUCAAAAUUAAAAAAGAAGAAGAAGAAAAAGAAAAAAGGAAAACAUAAGAAGAAAAAGAAGCAUAAAGAUAAGGAUGAUGUCUUAACUGUUGGAAAGGAAAAGUCAGCAUCAAAAAGAAAAGUCUCAAUUACUCCACGUUCAAGGUCAAGGUCUCCUAAGAGAUCACGAAGGUCAAGGUCACAUUCAAGAGAAAGGUCAAGAAGAAGAUCACGCUCUAGAUCAAGAGGGAGGUCAAGAAGAUCUAGAUCAAGGUCCAGAGGUCGUCGAAGUUCAAAAUCAAGCAGUAGAAGGUCAAGGUCAAGAUCAAAAGGUAGAAGAUCAAGAUCAAGAGGUAGAAGGUCAAGGUCCAGAGGUCGUAAAUCAAAAAGUAGAAGUCCAGAUAGAUUUUGGAGAAGCAAGUAUGGAGACUUUGAUGCCUACAGAUUUCUUAAAGGAAAACAUGACCGAUCACGGAGUCGAUCUCCAGAUAGAGAACGAGACAGAUUUAUCGAGAAAGAGAAGAAAAGAUUAGAAGAUUUAAGACUAAGAAUAGAUAAAGCCAAACUCAGGGAAAUAGCAAUAAAAAAUGCAGUAACAAAUGCAAGAUCAGGUGGCCCGCAGCUGGAUGUGGCAAUCAAAUCUGGAGGGAAGUCAGUUGAGGAAUUAACAGAGUAUUGUAAGAAGAUACAGGAGAAAGAAAUAUUGAAGAAGAAAUCAAGGAAUGAGUUUGAGAGUUCGUCCGAUGAGGAGCCAGCUAAACAUUCUGAUGAUGAAGAUUUGUUACAUCAUCCUUUCUUGGUGAAGGAAGCAAGUGCUAUAGUAGUUGAUAUCAAGAAUGCUAAUCCACUGCCAAUUACUACUCCACAAGAAAGACUUACCCAGAAUUCUCAACUUAGGAUAACAUAUCCUGUAUCUAGUGGUUCCCAGCACAGAGACAAAGAAUGGGUACCAGUUGAGCCAGAACCGGUUCCUCCACCAAAGCCAAAAACUAACACAGUAGGUGGGGUACCAGCCCUGAUGCCACCACCAGCUCCACCCAAAGCUAAACCAGACAUUAAAGUGUUUGAGGAGCCUCCAGAACAGCCAGUGGAUAUCAGCUCUAUUGUAUCAGAAAGAUUGACAGCCAUGAAGAAGUUACAGGAUAAUCCAAAUGAUGUUACAGCUAAAAUAAUACUCAGUAAAGCACAAAAACAGGCCAGUCAGUGGGCAGCAUCAAAGAAUUUACCAGGUCAGUUUAUAGGCAGUACAGGUGCUAGCAUCAUGUCACAGGACGAGCUAAUGGGAAACAAGAAACGACAGGCAUGGCUGAAAAAGAAAAGAAGAUUAGAAAGUUUGAGACAAAGACAAUUUAAACAGAAAUUUACAACAGAAGUUGUGAAAAAGAUUCUUAUGAAGAGCCUUAAUAUACAGAGAAAGGAUGUGUUCACAAGUGCGGCCCCCGUGACUGGUGGUAUAGGAAUGUUCCUCUUACAAAAGAUGGGAUGGAAGCAUGGCGAGGGACUUGGCAAGAAUAAUGAAGGAACAAAAGAACCAUUGAUGUUAGAUUUUAAAAUUGACAGGAAAGGUCUGGUGACUGAAGGAGAAGGAAAGAAAGGUGGUCAACCAAAACUUCCUAGGGUAAAAGAUUUAUCAGGUAAACACCCAGUGUCUGCACUAGGGGAGCUUUGUAACAAGAAACGUUGGGGUCCUCCACAUUAUGAUAUGAUACAUGAAAGUGGACCUGCUCAUAAAAAAGAUUUCCUCUUCAAAGUAAAAGUGAAUGGCGUCGACUAUCAGCCGUCUAUUUCCAGUAACAACAAGAAAUUAGCUAAAGCCCAGGCUGCCACUGUAUGUCUACAAGAAUUAGGACUGAUACCUAGAAACAUUUCAGCUACAUAAAAAUGUUAUAUACAUUUCUAUAGCUUUAGUUGGCAUGGCAACAGUAUGAUGACCAUUUAAUAUCAACACUAGUCUUACUGUAUCUAAGAUGUAUCAGUGUUUAAAACAUGGAUGUUCUUCUUUGUACAGAAAAAAAUUCUUUUAAUCAUGGUGCUUUGUUUAACAGAGGUUGCAGAAGAAUUUUUGAAGAAUGUCUGACUUUUUCAAAAAAAGUUUCUAUGUAGAUAAGCUUUCCUUAUGUAUUUCAUUUCAUUGGCUAAGUGAUAUAGGACUCGUGAGGCAGUGGAGACAUUGACUUUUGAAAGACAUUUAGAUCAAUAGUGUAUUACAGAAAUAGUGUGUAUUUCUACAUAUGUAUUUUGUUUCAAACAUCAUUUAAAAUGUUUGUAUUGUUAUUUACUUGUCUUAAAAACAUACUGUUAAAAGAAUUAAAAUGAUAAAUAGUUCCCCGACAAUAUCUUGGAUUGAAAAGUCUUACAGUAAUGUAUACAUGCAUUAAUAUAUCAUUCAAUAUUUGUUUAAUGACAAGUAUCUAUUAUACAUCACUUGUGCUUGUAAUUUUUAAAGUCAUAAAGUGUGUUACCUUUUGAAAGUGUAAUUGAAAUAAAUGUCAUUUACUGAAGUAAAUGUAACUUUAUGUUUGUAAGUUUUAGCUAUUAAAAGAAAAGAAAUAUGUUUAAUGUCUACUGAAAUAAAUGUAAUGUAACAUGUUGAAGUAAAUAUUGCCUUCUGAAGUAAAUGUUAUCUGUUGAAGAAAAUGUAACCUUAUAUGUGUUUUAUUGACAUGAAUGGUACUUAAUGAAGUAAAUGUUGCCUUUCUGAAGUUUGAUUAAAAUAAUUGUAUAAAAAUGAUUUUUGUUCUGAACAAUAACUAUUAUGAUAAAGCAUUGUAUUCAGAUUUGUGCACAAUUAUUGUGGAAAGUGUAAGAAAAUGGCUGUAAGAAAAGGCUAUAUAUUGAAGUUAAUGUGGCUAAAAGAUGUAGUUGUUGUUACAGAUGGCUAACUGUAUCUUAUGAACCAUUAUAUAACAAUGCAACAUUAACUUUAUAUUAGAUUUUUUUGCCAACGUAUGUGUUUAAAAUCUAAAACGUAUGUGUUUAAAAUCUAAACUUUAUAUAUUAGUUGCAGUUAAUGGCUAUUUCAAUACUUGCCUGGUAUCAUUUUGUACCAGAUAGUCUUAUCUUCCUAAGUCUAACUAAGAUGUUAAGAACAUUUUUCUAUAAUAAUUAUGAAAUGUAUAUAUUGCUAAAAAUGUUGAGAUAUUUUUAGUUUCCUGACAAAGCUUAUAAGCAAAAACUUUGACAUUCAUUUCGAUGAGACAAGCAUUGACAAGAAAUAAAGUCAUGUAUAUGUGAUAAUUGAUCAUUUAUGUUUCCAUUCCAUAAAUUGGUAUGUAAUUUUAACUUUUUAACUGUUUUUACUUGAAUUUAUCGGUGUCUUCCUAACUAACACAUAGAGUUAAUAUUUUAGCACAUUAGUAAACAUAACAUUUGACACAUUUUUGCAGAGAGUAAGUAAAGACUGAAUGCAUGGUAUGUCCUAAUUAUCCACAGUCAACUUGUUCAUAAUAUCAUUGGUAAGAUUUGAAUCAAGCGGUAACAAAUUCCUUUCAUAACACAACUGAAGAUAAGUUUGUUUGAGUUAAUGUGAAAAGAUUGGAAAGUGUUGUUUUAAGACGGAAUGCUCAUAUAGUGGACUCUCAUUAUCAAAUAAUAUACAUGUAUAAAUGUAUUUAUGUAGUUUAUAACUGAAAUGUUUAACCUCCCCAGAAUGUGUUUGAUUUGUUUGCAUAUAGUUGUCUUUCAGUCAGUCACUCUAAGUACCUUCGUUUAUUGACGGACACCUUAGAUAUUUGUUGUGUGGGUAUCUCUGGUGUUUCAGGUCUAGGUCAUGUGACAUUUUCUGACCUCAGUGUUGUAUCUUAGGAUAUUCAUUGGUCAGUGUAGAUUCUGUGUCAGCUUCUGACCAAUCAAAUACCCGAGUUUUGAGAUUGGGAAAUUUCUGUAUAACUUACGACCUGAUCAUAAAGACCUGAAAUAAAUCUACAUACUUGGCCAAGAGGUAGUAAUUUCAGUUUUGUCAGAGUGACAUUGAGGAGCAUUCACCAAAGUUUCAGAUUGAAUGAUAUAAUUUUAGUUUUAUUGAAAACUUUACAGUUUUGUAAUGUUCAGUUAGUGUGAAUAGUUGUUAAGUAAAUAAAUAAAAAUUAUUGUUA